UUAGAUGACAUAAUCAAAGAACAGAGAAAGCUGAAAAAGAAAGCACAAAAGGCCAAGACACAGCAGCAGCUGCCGAGAAAGGGAACUCAACAACGACAAGGCAAGAAACAAGUUAAUCAGAAGCAAGGAAAACGUGUUGCUGUGAAACAGAACAAUCGGCAGAGACAGCAAGGGUCAGGUCAAGGUGCUCAAGGAAGAAAAAGAGGAUUAUCUAGGAAACAGAACAACCAGUCUGCACAGCAGAGAAAAGGUGCACAGGUCAACCAGUCUGGUCCUAAGGGUAUUAACAGAAGAAGGCAGAAUGCUGGUGCCCCUAAUAAGGGGACCGGAGGCCCCAAAGCUGCUGCUAACCGGCUAAGGAGCAAACAGGGAAUAAUCCAAAAGGUAAUAUUAGCCUACAUGGGCAAUUAACUUUAUGUCUGAACAGUGUUUAAAGGAUUUAAGAUUUCUUUAAAACCUUCUCUUAAAGGCUGACAGAUAAAUAAAAAAAUAAUCUAACUGUUCAUUGACUCCAAAAAUAGAAUCUCCAAGUGAGUCUUUUUGUAGAAGUAGAACAUGAUACAUUUUUUGCAUCAAAUGGAAACUCAGACAAAUCCAAGCCCCAGAUACCUCAGAUUUUUCCAAGUUUCCAUUUGAUGCAAAAAACGUAUCAUGUUCUAAAUACAGAAUCCUUUAUAUAUUUAUCCAACUGGAAAAAAACCGAUCUCAGUCAGCAACUUACCUGUAAUCGUUUUACUUAACACUUGCACUUUAAGCUUUGUAUUGCUUACCAUUGUGACCUUUCAAGAAUCACCUAAAAAUUCAUUUACUGCUUUCUUGACCAUUUGUUCUCCAAUUCUUGUUUGGACUUUAUAGAGGCUCUGCCAGGGUAAAUUCCGACAAGCGGCAUGGCCCAAAAAGUAGUGACAGUGCGUAAAAUGAAAUUGUGGCAAGAGACAACCUCCCUCAGCCAAAUUGCGACAGUGACGGCAAAGCCGACAAUAAGCGACAAGCAUUUAUAAACACCAACACAAGACAUUUUGAAAUUCAGACAGACGACAUGGGACCCCCACCCCCCCCCCCCCCCCGCCCCCGUCCCCACUGUUAAGCCACAAAACACAAUUAUAAAUUUUUUAAACAAACCAUAUUUGUUUAAAUAAUAACAUAAAAAAAAAAAUUCAAACACACAAAAAACAAACACAGAGAAAAAAAAAUUGGGGAAAAGCACACCCCCCACACCACAAAUGCAAAAAAGGCAGAAAAAAGAAAAAAAACGAGACACAAGUAAAAAACACCACCCCCAACAGAUUUGAAAAGCAGCGCGAAAAAAAGGGGCCCCCCCCCCCCCCCCUGGCAGGGCCUCUUUAUAAGUGUUAAGCGCAAAAAUAUUAUUAUCAAUCUUUAACACUGAGCAUUUUUCAUACAAUCACAGGGUAAAAGAAUUCUUUCCAAAGCGAAACAGGUUCAACUCAACAGACGACCACUAAACAGACAGAACAGGCAAACACAACAGAAAGAUGCCAGGCUGAAUAUUUUAAACAAGAGAAGAGGAUUACAGGUAUGACUUAAGUGAACUUUGAAGCAAAAUAAGGUGUUUUGUUCACUUGUCAGGUCAGCAGGUUAACGGCAAACUCUGAAAUUUAAAGGCCAGCUUACAAUAAUUAUGGCCAAUCAUCAUAAUGAUCACAAGCGGUGAACCGUGAUACACAGAAACACAAAAUGGAUAGAAAAGAAAAAAAGCAUAAACUAUCAUGAUUGACAGCAACAAAGAAUGCAAAUGUCAAAUGGGGAUCAUUGUUGAAGAUAACAAUAAUCUUUUCUCAAAUUAAACCAGAAUUUCGAUGUCUCCAAAGAAUAAUUAGGGACAGGAAACUAAGGAAAUUUUGAGUCAAACUGGGUUAGACCACAACAUUUUGCUUUGUCGUCAUAGCUGUAUGUCUUUUUGGUGUGAAUAAGAACUGGUAAAUUGUUUUAUUUUUUUAAAAAAAUAACUUGUUAUAUUGAAUUGUCCAUAAUCAUAGGGGCCAUUGAAAGAAAAAAGACCAAACAAGGCUCAAAAUGCUGGUACCUCCAAACUCCAAAGAAUAAACAGGUAAUGGCUUUGUUUGGUGUCAGUAAUAAGUUAAAUAUUGCUGGUUUGUUUUAAUUUAAAUAUAAAAGCUAAUAAAUUAUUAUGUGCAAAACAAAAACCCAUUUUUAUUUGGUUUUUACAGGAGAGGAAAUGCAUCUCCUCAGCUUACUGUCUCCAUAAACAAUCCACGUGUAAGGUUGGUAGUUAUUAAAAUACACUGGUCUAUGUAGGUCUUGAAUGACAACCGAUCCAUUGUAUUUGUAAGGCUUGUGACGGCCAAUUUGAAGACCCAUUAUCUUUAUGCAGGGUUGUCAAAAGUAGCCGGCUGCCGGUGAAAAUCGCCACCUACUUGGUUAGUAUCAGCCGGCUACUCUGCUUGGCAUUUCUUUACAGAUGCCUUUUUUUAAAUUAAUAUAUCCGUGGGCUGGCCGCUUACUUUGAAAACUCAGCUGUCUACUUCAAAACUUUCUGACAACCCUGUUAUGGCCACCUUUUUAGGUUCAGUUGUUCAUGGAAUUACCACUAUGUAGCAGUGGUAUAAAUAGGACAUAAAUAAUCAAGAAUGAUUGACAUUCUUAGGAUAACAAGAGCACCACAGUGGGAACAAGUAACAAACCAACUUACAAAUCAGAGCAGGAGUAGAAGAUGGAGAGGAAACAAAGCAUCUAUUGAUACAGGGGAUCUGAGAAUUUCAGUCCCAAAUAAUUUACACCAAGUAAGUUUGUUCAAAAUUAUUUGGCACAGAACAUGGGUUGCCAACCAAUGUUUGCAAACCUCCGAAGAGGUGCAUUGAAAGUUAGAAGUAUUUGGAAAGGGAUGUGCCGCUGGAACCUUGGAACCUUUAGUUCACUAGAUCUGGUUUGGCUGAAUUUUGCCAGUCUAAACUAGACUAAAUUCCCAAAUUUAAAAAGUAUCCUAGAAUUGCUAUUUUCCAGAAAUUACUGAGAUGGACUUUCUUUGAUAUUAAACUGAGUUGCAUGUAAAUUAAGAUGUGGACCUUUUGCACUCUUGGUUAGCAUCAGAGCCUAAAUUUGCUGGUAAAUUGUCUCCAUAGAUUUCUAUAAAUUUUUUCUCCAUUGAUGUGGCGUCAAAAAAUGUUGAAAAGAAAAAGGCCUUACCGGUACUUCCGGUUGAUGCGCUUCACUCAGUAAGACCUUUAGUUAAGCUUCCUAAUAAUAUUAGUUAACCCAUGUUGUGGUUUUACCUUCAGCCUCUGAAAACACUUUACGCUGCUGGUUUUAAAUCCCAUACAGAAGACUCAGCUUUUGGCAAGGUACGAACACAACGAUUACAUGUACUUAGCUGGAUAAGCCUGGUGCCAUUAAUUAAGUUAGAUGAUGGUGGUAGAGGACAGAGGGUGGGGGCCUAGGAGAUAAGGGGGCGGGAGAGAUUCAAAAGGCAGGAGACGAUAGGGAGAGGUGGGAGGGUAGGUAGUACGUGAAAUAGCAGGGAAUUAUGCAAUAUUGAAAAGGGGCUAAAAAAAGACAGCCAAGAAAAAGGUGGUGGAAGCUGAUCGUAAAAAGUAUGGAAAAAGGACAUGUGGAAACCCCUGUCCCCCCUCCUUUCCCCUAUGAUAAGAUAAGUCUAUAAAAGAAAUUUGUGGUGCUCUGAAAUUAAAAUGACUUCACAAAUUAUCCUUCCCCUCCACAUUAAAAAAAUAAUAAUAAUAUAGUGAUAGUCUGUUGACAGGUUUUUUUUAGACUUAAAAAUAUAAGAAAGUGCCCCAUAAUCAAACUAAUGGAAAAAGUCCCAAAUUUUGUAUUGUUACACGUGUAAGCAUGUUUUCAGACUGAGAUAGCGUUUUUAUUCAGAUGAUUGCAUCAAUAAAAUCAUUUCAUUCACAGAGUCAAAAGUUAGAAUCACAAGCUCAGUUGCUAUAAAACCAGGCAUAAUCUUCAUGAAGAAUACCAUUAACUAGUCUUGCCUAAUUGACAAAAAAAAUUAUGAAGAAAUUUGCUAUACAUUGUUUUUUAUUUCUCUCUUGUUGUUGUUUUUUUUUUGUCUUUUUUUGCAGACGUUUGCUACACUUGAUGAAAGGUUCUCGAGCAUACCACAAACCCGUCGAGUUGGAACAAUAUUCAUUGAUUAAGUCUUUCACUUACAGUAGUAAUGUUGGUCAGUUAAAAAAAAAAAACAGAAAAUACCAAUCAAACCACAUUAUUAGAAAAGUGAAAAAAAUGAAGGAGUCUGUUAAGUACUCAUAGGCUAUCUAUUUAGGAGUUAUUAACACUGUAUGUGAAAAAAAAACUGUACCAAAGAGAGGUGAACCUACUGCUCAACAACUGCUCGGCAGCUUUCAUUAUUUUGUAAUUAGUUGUCACACCUCAGGAUUUCAUCUGUGAAGCCAACAUUUAAAACCACUCUAUGUAGUUUGGGGAGUAAAGCCCUUUACCAAAUGGUUGAAAUUGUUAAGUUAUUUUAUGUUUAAAACAAUUUUAAUUGAAUUUAAUAUUUUAUGAUCAAACAGGUAAUUUUAAUGAACAUUAAAAUAGCCAGUAAAAACAUAUUGAGUCGAGUGUAUUGUUCCUGGGCAUUUUAAGACUGUUGUUACUGGGCCAUUGUAGCUAAAUCAGAAAUAAAACACAAACAGGGGUGAUCUGCUUGAUUAUAAAUGCAUACAUUUUUAAAACAACUUGACGUUUUG